AGGAACGUAAUUGCGUUAGAGUUUGAAUAGAUGUCAAAACUAAGCGCAUUCUCAAACGAGCGUCACGGGAGCGCGAGCCCCGCCUGCAGCAGGAUUAGCGCGCGCUAAAACCUGAGAUCCGCGCGCACGGGCAGGUAACGCAGCCAACACUAUCCACGACUCAAAUAACACAAAUAAGGAUAAAAAAGAAAGACAUUUAUUUUUCUGUUUUGCAACGCGUAUUUCCAGCGACUAAUCUAUCCCUGGACUUUCAAGUUUCAAUGCUGAGAAUUGUUAAGUGAUUUUACGUUUGGCAAAUUUCAUACUACAGCUGUGCUCUGGGUCGCGACAUUUGGAAAGGACUAUGUUCGUCGUAUCUGAGAGUGACUUGACCGUUCGCUCCGAAUAAUGCUUCAGACUUUGACUCAAGUGUUAUCAAGUUAAUUACCUGAAGCGAAGCGUGGUGGUCAUGGACUAGACGAAGAAUGCCGCACGUUUGGGAGUUCGUUCUGAUUCUCAACAUUAAUGUCAUCUUUUUAGAAGCACAACCGGUGUCAUCAAAGCUUCACGAUGGUUGGUGGGCAUACAAAGAUGUUGUCCAGGGGAGCUUUAUACCUGUGCCAUCUUUCUGGGGACUAGUAAACACUGCCUGGAAUCUUUGUGCAAUUGGGAAGAGACAGUCACCUGUGAAUAUCGAAACUAGUCGUAUGAUUUUUGACCCCUUCCUCAACCCGCUACAGCUCAAUGCAGGACAACGAAAGGUCAGUGGAACCAUGUACAAUACAGGUCGACAUGUUUCCCUGCGCCCAGAUAAGUUGCACCUGGUGAACAUCUCUGGUGGGCCGCUGAGCUACAGCUACAGGCUGGAGGAGAUCCGGCUUCACUUUGGCAGUGAGGAUAGUCGGGGCUCAGAGCACCUGCUCAACGGCCAGGCCUUCCCUGGAGAGGUGCAACUCAUCCAUUAUAAUCAGGACUUGUAUUUAAAUUACAGUGAUGCAGCCAGAAGUCCUAAUGGAAUUGCCGUUGUUUCUAUUUUCAUGAAGAUUUCAGAGCCUACAAAUUCAUUUUUAAACCGUAUGCUGAGCAGAGAAACCAUUACAAGGAUUACAUAUAAAUAUGAUGCAUACUUACUGAUGGGGCUCAAUAUUGAUGAGCUAUAUCCAGAAACCUCCCGUUUUAUUACGUAUGAGGGCUCGAUAACUAUUCCACCGUGCCUUGAGACAGCCACCUGGAUCUUAAUGAACAAGCCAAUAUACAUCUCACAGAUAGAGAUGCAAUCUCUUCGUCUUCUCAGUCAAAACCAGCCAUCCCAGAUCUUCCUGAGUAUGGGUGACAACAUGCGGCCGACCCAGCCACUGCACCAGCGCUGCAUCCGCACCAACAUCAACUUCAGUCAGAAAAGGGACUGUCCCAACAACCGCAUGUUGAGGCCACAAUAUAGAGUGAAUGAAUGGCUCCUGAAAUAACAGCUUGAUGUUGAUUAGUUACUUCUGAAUUUCCAGUAAAAUCUGAUGAAUAUGGCCAACAAACUGAAAACGUUUGGACAUUUUCUGCAAGAUGAAGCUAUCAACAAGACUGUUGCACACGCCCUGCUCCUGGCGGGCAACAUGAACACUCAAAUUAGCAGGAAAAAAAUAAGGGUCUUGAAAACAUCCAAAAUAAUAAUCAAACAAGCCCCCAGGAAGUACUGGAAGCAAGGGGAGAGACCGACAGCACAGGCAGGAACCAAUCUUUAUCCAUGUGCCCAUCAGCCGAGCAAACGAGGCAUGCCCCAUACCUGCUGCCACUCUGUGGAGAACCACCAGACAGGGCUGUUACAAAGGAAUUAAAAGAGGAAAGGACUUUUAAAUAAAAAUACAAGAAUUAUUUUAUACUUGUUUCUAUGUUUAUAACAACAUAUAUAUAUAUAUAUACACACAGGUUUGGGGAGUAAUGGAAUACAUGUAACGGGAUUAUAAGUAACUGUAUUCCACUACAGUUACAAUUUUAAUCAUUGGUAAUUAGAAUACAGUUACAUUCAAAAAGUGUUUUGAUUACUGAAGAGAUUACUUUGCAUUUUAUUGUCAUUUGUUUAAUUUCAUAUUUAGUCCUUUCAGAUGGAAAACAUUUAUACAUAUAAAUGAUGCGAUCCAAAGUGCAUUUGAACAGCAGUGAAACACUUUCUUUUGAUGUGUUACAUUCAUACGAGCAGACAGAGAAGUAAGUUUGGAGCAGAAUAAAUAGAAAUAAACCUUGUGUCAAUUGUCAGCUUUAUGCUAAGAUAAAACACUAUUUCUAGCCAUUUUACAUGCACAUAUUACCAGACACGAUCAUGUUUUUUAUCAAGAAAAUUCACGUUAGAUCAUCAUUUCUUUUUUCUAGUAAAACCUUUUAUAUUAAGGCAAAAUUCAAAUUCUUGAUAAUCAUUUUUCCUGUUAAAAUAUCUAAAAAGCCUUAAAACAAAUUAAUUAGAUGUAUCUUGUUUUAGAAGCAA